AUCGCUGCAGUUUUCUGGAAGAACAAAGUCACAGUCAGUCUUUCGAUAGGGACGACGACCACUCACAUUGCCUACCUGCUUACCCACAAGAUACAUUCACCAGAGUAAACGACAUCGUUUAUUUUUAUCACCCUUUGCGAGAAGCGUCGUAUUCAGUCACCACCAUGAGCGGCAGCAAUAGCGCUAGCAAAACGGUCCAAAGGGUGGUGGGUAGUUUUGGUCGCCUCUGGGGGCGUGGACACGAAAGUUUUCCACCGGAGCUGCGGCGAAUCCUGUCGGUCUCGGGGCAGGGCGCCACCACCUUUUUGCAGGGCUUGGUCACUUGCGACUUGCAGAGCCCGCCGGCACCACCUCGACCGGAACCCAUUGAUCACCCGCAGCCCGGUGUACCCAAAUCCAUGAAAAUGGACGCCACUGGUACGACCGAACUCCCCGAAGUCGAGUUUACCGAUCGACUACGCGCCGCCUGUUUUCUCGAUCACAAGGGACGCAUCGUCACCGAUUCUCUCCUCUGGAAGACGGAUGAAAGUCAAUACUUUAUUGACGUGCCGGGUGCGACGGCAGAUUCCUUGCUGCAGCACUUGCACGCGUUCAAGCUCCGGCGUUCCAAAGUGACGAUUGCCGAUCGAACUUUGGACAUGUCCUCGCACGUUAUCUUUGGCACGCUCAACGCGGGAGGAUCGCCUCCAGGAUACCUGUCGGGGGUGGAUCCCCGUCAUCCCAGUCUAGGGAUGCGUGUUUUACAACUGCCUUCCGAAUCAUCAUCCAACGGCGAGAACACCAGUACCUUGAACGAACAAGACAGCGACAACCUUUCCUUGUCCACGCGUCAUGAAGCCUUUGCCAAACUCGUCUCUAAAGUCUUUCCCACGUCGCCCGGUAAUUACGAACUCGUCCGUCGCUUGGCUGGAGUAGCGGAAGGAUCCGAGCUGACGGGCAAGAUCGCCCUCGAAACCAACCAGGAGCAUUUGCAAGCGGUUAGUUUUCACAAGGGCUGUUACCUGGGUCAGGAAUUGACCGCCCGCGUCCACCAUACGGGAGCCGUCCGCAAACGUAUCCUCCCCCUGUUGCUUCUGGACCCCUACACGGAAGUACCACAGGCCUGGGGUUUGGCCAGUAGCUUGCAGCAAGGCCGUGCGGGGAAAAAAUUUUCCGCCGAAGAGCUCCGGUCCUUGCCGACGAGACUGCCUCGCCUUUCGGUUCUCACGGCGGGGAAUUUGGUUGCCAUUACUACCGGAUCCAUCGAGCCUCCCGGAAAGGCUGUUGACAACGCUGCUCGGGACGAACUGGCUCAAAUUAAAUCCCGUGCCGAAGCCUUACUGGCGCGGUUGGAAACGGAUUGCACUCCCGGGGCGAAGAUUGUCGAUACCAAGGACGGGAAGACGAUUGGACAGAUCGUGGCACCUCCCGUUAAAGGGACCAACGUGGUGUUGGCUAUUAUGAGACUGGAGAGUGUCGGGCUGCUGCAGGGCGGGGUAUGGUCCAAAACGAACAAGGUACGCAUCGGCAAUGGCCAAGAGUUACGUUAUUUGCCGUAUUUGCCCCUUUGGUGGCCCGAUUUGGAUCCGAAAACAGGCAAGGCGCGGGCCGAGGACGUAGAUGGUGUUGACCCCGAUGAAGUGCGGGAUGAGGACCACUCGCCGCGACCCGUUCGAAUGCCCAAGAUCGAAAUUGAAGAAAUUCCGCUGACAGAAGGGGAAAGACGAGAGCUGAAUUUUGCAUUUGUACUGCCAAUUGAACAUCUUUACUACGAACGCCAACUUGUUUUUCCCGUUAAGACUGGGAUUGCCCAUUCCACCACCGUUGCAAGCGCUACGCUCGUUCCAAGCUGGAUUCAUCACGCCCGACUGCCACAAUGCCUUGCCCCUCAGAGAGCGACCUCGCCUCGUUCGCUCAAGCAUAUGGCCUUAGCAUCUUUGUCCAGACGUGAAAAAGCGAGGCGUUGUCGAGACCCUCUUGGUCCCGCCUACGGGAAAGACGAUGCGUUUGUUCUGGUCCCCACGGCCUUGCCAAAUCCAGGCAACGAGCUGGGAGCGUUGAAUUUUCCCUUCAGCCAGGACGAGGCGCAAUCGGCCGACUUCGAUUCUCUUGCUCUUUUCCUAUACAUGUCGGUGAAAGGUAUCGAUAAUUUCGAUUAG